GCCAACCCCUUUCUAGGAGCAGCAGUCAACCCACACCACACCCCAAAGACCAGAGAAAACCAAGGAUUGGUUACAUGGCCUUGAUUGCCUAGCUUCUCUAGUUUUCCAUCCCUCUGAGAGUCUGAGGGGCUCAAACUAGCCACAACCAACACCAGCACCCCAAAAGGCUCCAAUUACUCCUCCCUCAGUCCCCACUUCUCCUCGCCCAAAACCCAAAACCCAAAACCCAUCACCCCCAAAACCCGGAACGCGGCUCGCCUGCAGCCCAGCAGCGUCACCGGUAUCCCGGUCGCCUCCGCCGGCGAGCUCCACUUAAAUGCCAGCUCCCCGCGGCCGUCGACGCCGCCGCCACCGCCUCCGGUGGAAGAAGACGAGGAAUAUUACCUGCCGGUAUACUAAUUAAGUUGGAGCUUGGUAGAGGACCGGGGGAGGGGGGGGAGGGGGGGGAAGAGACCUUUUUGUUCUUUUGUUUUGUUUUGGAUGGCCGCGGCCAACGAGCCGACGGCGGAUGUGGAGACUCCGGCUGCGGCGGCGGAGGAGGAGGACGCGACUGCAAGGGCGGCGAGGAAGCGGUACGAGGGCUUGUUGACGGUGAGGGCCAAGGCGGUGAAGGGGAAGGGGGCGUGGUACUGGGCUCACCUGGAGCCCAUCCUCGUCCACUCCGCGGACUCCCCUGGCGUCCCCAAGGCCGUCAAGCUCCGCUGCUCCCUCUGCGCUACCGUCUUCUCCGCCUCCAACCCCUCCCGCACCGCCUCCGAACACCUCAAGCGCGGCACCUGCCCCAACUUCUCCUCCCCUUCCUCCUCCUCCGCCGCGGUUCCCACGCCCAUCUCCACCCUCCCACCCACCCCCCGCAAGCGCUCCGCGGGCGCCUCCUCCUCCUACCACGUCUCUCCUCUCGCCCUCGCCGACCCGGCGGCGCCGCCGCCGGCGCUGCCGGCCCCCCCUCUCGUCCUCUCCGGCGGGAAGGAGGAGCUGGGCGCCCUGGCGAUGCUGGAGGACAGCGUGAAGCGGCUCAAGAGCCCGAAGGCCUCCCCGGGGCCGCCCCUCCCCAAGCCCCAGGCCGACGCCGCCCUCUCCCUCCUCGCCGACUGGCUCCUCGAGUCCCUCCCCGCCGUCUCCCCAUCCGCCCUCGCCCACCCAAAGUUCCAAUCUUUCCUCCACCAAAUCGGCCUCCCCGCCUUCUCCCCCCGCCGCCUUGCCCUCCCCCGCCUCCACGCCCGCCACCGCGACGCCCGCGCCGACGCUGACGCCCGCCUCCGCGACGCUCUCUUCUUCCAGAUCUCCUCCGGCGGCUGGAAGUCGCCGUCGAGCCCCACCACCUCCUCCGACCACGCCCUCGUCAGCCUCGCCGUCAACCUCCCCAAUGGCACCACCGUCUUCCACCGCGCCGAGCUCGCCACCGGCGGGGCGCCCCCCGGCUAUGCCGAGGAGGUCCUCUGGGACGCCGUCGCCGGCCUCUCCGGCGGCCUUACGCAGCGCUGCAUCGGCAUCGUCGCCGACCGCUUCAAGUCCACUGCUCUGCGAAGCCUCGAGAGCCAGCACCAUUGGACGGUGAACCUCUACUGCCAGUUCCAGGGCUUCCACAGCCUCAUCAAGGACUUCGCCCGCGAGCUCCCCCUCUUCCAGCGCGUCACAGCCAACUGUUCGAAGCUCGCCAACUUCUUCAACACUCACUCGCAGGCCAGAAGCAUCUUCCACAAGCACCAGCUUCAGGAGCUCGAUCAAGCUCGCCUUAUAAGAAGCACUGCCCACAAUGGCGAUGCUGCACGUAACCUCGCCGCCAUAUUUGCACUGCUGGAGGAUGUAAUGAGCUUCGUUCAUCCUCUCCAGUUGGCGGUCAUCGACGAGGAAUAUAAGAUGCUGUGUCUCGAGGUGCCAGCUGCUCGGGAAUUAGCGGAGAUGAUUCAGGAUAUGAGCUUCUGGACUGAAUUGGAGGCUGUUUGCUCGGUUGUUAAGUUAGUCAAGGAUAUGGCUCAGGAAAUGGAGGCCGAGCGGCCAUUGGUUGGGCAAUGCCUGCCGCUGUGGGAUGAGCUGAAAACGAAGGUGAAGGAGUGGUGCUCGAAAUACAGUAUAGAGUUUGGGCCUGUGGAGGAGGUGAUCGAGAAGAGGUUCAAGAAGAACUACCACCCUGCAUGGGCGGCGGCAUUCGUAUUGGAUCCUCUAUACUUGGUGAAGGACACGAGCGGGAAGUACCUCCCACCUUUCAAGUUCUUGACGCCUGACCAGGAGAAGGAUGUGGACAGGCUGAUCACAAGGCUGGUUCUGCGAGAGGAGGCCCACAUUGCUCUUAUGGAGCUGAUGAAGUGGAGGUCAGAGGGAUUGGACCCUUUGUAUGCGCAGGCUGUGCAGGAGAAGCAGCUCGAUCCAUCCACGGGGAAGAUGAGACUAGCUAACCCGCAGAGCAGUAGACUGGUAUGGGAAACUUGCUUGAGUGACUUCAAGUCCCUUGGGAAGGUGGCUGCGAGGCUUAUCUUCCUGCAUGCCACCUCCUGUGGUUUCAAGGGCAACCUGCCACUGCUCCGGAGGAUGUGGACGCAUGGGCGAUCGAGUGCUGGAAUGGACCGGGCUCAAAAGAUGCUUUUCGUCCAAGCUCAUUCGAGGUUGGAGAGGAGGGACUUCUCCAGUGAGGAGGAGAAGGAUGCAGAGUUCCUUGCCGGCGGUGAGGAGGAUGUGCUCAAUGAGGCCUUUGUCGAUGCCCCCUCAGUGAACCAAGUAAUCAAACUUCACCAUAUAAUGGCAUGACCGAUCUUCUCCAAGCUGUUUCACAUGCCCAACUUGACACUAUUUGGAAGGGAAACUAAGCACAUGAGGAGUACUGGUGGAAGCUUUUAUCACACAGUUGUAUCUCCCCAGGGUGGCUGUCAUUCUAUUCUAUUCACUGUGAGGGAGUGUGGUCUGAAUUCAGUCUCUGCUCAACAAGUACACAGGAAGCUAGCGGACUUGAUAAAUGGUGAUGGGCAUUUGGGACACUCACUGACUGUGAUCUUCUGAGAUUUCUUGCUAAAAGAGGCCCCUGCUGCUAGUAAAUUUGCCUACCAGCCAUUCAGCUGCCCAUGUCUUUAUCUGAAGAUCCGUAAAUGGAGGAAACCAAGCAGCUCUGUUUCAAAUUUACUUCAGACUCGAGCAACAGUGACAUAUUUUUUUCCGAGUCACGGCUGACACAUUCAGUUUCUUGGGGGCCGCAAGUGUGCAUUUGAUCAUCUAGAGCAUGAUUCAAUUCUAAGUGUUCAUAAUGAUGCUGCAAAGUUUACUGAAUUGCUCAGUGAAUUGGUGCAGCUUGAAAAAGGAAGUUGGAGAAAGGACUCGUGGUUUGGUGUUGAUGUGAGACUCCCAAGCUGAAGGAGUAUGAGAUGCCGGUAUUCUCUCUUGGUGAUCUAUCAGACGGGCCAUUUCAGUCUGUUGUCUGGUUGGGUAGAUGGCAAACCAGAUGGGUAGCCUCACGGGCCAACUUCAGAGAGAAACAAGGAGAUAGAGACAGUUGAUCAUGGAAACUUUGUUCAACAGGUCAGCUUGGCUACCACCUCCUCCUUUGCUGCUCUCUUGGGGAUGACCGAGAGCCCACCAAAGAAAGCAGCAGAGGACGUCGAGGUCGGUGCGCUGAAGCAGUCUGAAGAAAAGCUCGGGAUCUGUUACGGCGGCCCCCCACCAUUUGUGGUUGGCUCGUGUUCUGAACUUUAGUAAAGCCUGCGCCCCAGAGCUGAGCUUUGGAUUGGUCUACUCGCAACUUACCGUUCGUGAGGCCUUGAAAUGGUGCUCCGACAUCACCUCAGCAGACUUGCCAUCAUUGCUUCCGGACCCGUGGGACCUUGUGGCGAUGCUGGUGACGGCUUCAUGCCAAUGAGGAAUUUUUGAUACAAUGAGUUCAUGCUUGCACGAAGCAAAUUUAAACUAUAAUCAUGAUAUGUUGCAUGCUCAUAAGUUUGCGCAAAAUCUGUGCAUUUAUUCACGCAAUUUCACUAUAGUUAGCAUUCAUCUGCAUUUGAUUCAUGGAGUGAGAACUUUCAGAAGGGGGAAGGUAGAUGUGAAGAUGAGAUAUAAGAGUCUAAAAUGGGACCUCUUUAUCAUGUCGUCGUUUUCUGUGGGAAGGUGGGUCAUGCAGUCUCAUAGGGAUGCUCUUUACUUAUUGAUGAGAUGGUAGACAAUGGUCUCUAGUCAAAGUUAUCCCUUCUCGUGUUGACAGUUUCACUACCUCCGGACUCCAAUGUAGGGUGGUAAGAGUUGUGCUGCAUCCUGUAUGAUAAAGAGUAUAGAGUGGCAAAAGGAGUUGUUU